ACGAAGACAAAAUCUUCCGGAAGAGGAAGUCGUCUUCCGGAAUUCAUAAAAACGCGCGCGCGCUUCUCCUCGUCGCCCAUUUCGUCGUUGCUGUUUGGAAGACAUCGCCCCGGCGGGAAACAUGCCCGGAGACCACUACUCUCCAGAUGAGCAGCAGCGCAAGCUGUUCAUCGGUGGCCUCAGUUUCGAGACCACCGAGGAAAGCAUGCAGAAGCAUUUUGAACAAUGGGGCACGCUGACCGACUGUGUGGUGAUGAGAGACCCCCACACAAAGCGCUCGCGAGGCUUUGGCUUUGUGACGUACAUGUCGGCCGAGGAGGUGGACGCUGCAAUGGAGGUUCGCCCUCACCAUCUGGACGGCCGCGUGGUGGAAGCGAAGCGUGCCAUCUCGCGCGAGGACUCUCUCAAGCCUGGUGCCCAUCUGAAGGUGAAGAAGAUCUUUGUGGGUGGCAUCAAGGACAACACGGAUGAAGACCAUUUGCGAGAUUACUUUUCAGAAUAUGGCAUGGUGGAGUCUGUGGAUGUCAUGGAGGACCGCCAGUCUGGCAAGAAGAGAGGUUUUGGCUUUGUCACGUUCUCUGACCACGACGCCGUUGACAAAGUGGUUGUUCAGAAGUACCAUACCAUCAAUGGGCACAAGGCUGAAGUGCGGAAGGCUCUCUCCAAGCAAGAGAUGAACUCUUUGGGAGGAGACCCAAGACAAGGUGGGAGAGGAGACCGCUCCGGUGGCUAUGGCGGAAGAAAUGGAGGUGGGGGAGGAGGAUACGGAGGCAGUCGUGGAGGUGGUGGCUACGGUGGUGGUGGAUAUGGGGGUUCAGAUGGUUACGACAGCUAUGGUGGUGGCGGGUAUGGAGGUGGUGCAGGCGGUGGGUAUGGAGAUCGUGGCGGCAGUUAUGGCGGAGGUUAUGGCAACCACGGAGGUGGAUAUGGCGGAGGUGGUUAUGAUGGCUAUGGGGGUGGUGGAGGGUAUGGUGGUGGUAACUAUGGUGGUGGAGGUGGUGGUGGUGGGGGCUAUGGUGGGAAUGAUUUUGGUAACUACAACCACCAACAGUCCAAUUAUGGACCCAUGAAAGGUGGAAGCUAUGGAGGAAGAAACUCUGGAGGUCCAUAUGGAGGUGGCUACGGCUCUGACGGUGGUGGUGGUGGCGGCGGCGGCAGUGGUGGCGGUGGCUACGGAGGACGUGGAAGAUAUUAAGAGUGGAUAUGGUGGCUCUCAGUAUCCCAAGGUGUAAAGAAAGAAAUAUUAUUCUGACCGAAAAGGUAAGUGUCUACAAUGCAUCAGGUAAUGGACUAACAUGUAGGCUUUUGUGACCAAUAUCCAUAAUAGAGGUUUUUGGGUUUGAUCUCAUGUAUAAAUGUGUCGUUAAAACCCGCUACCACCCUACACAACUAGUCAGGGUUGUCACGUAAACAACGUGCCAAUUCGUCACUAGUACAGCACGCCGGUGUGUUGGAGAGCCAAGCCACAACAUUUACAAAGCGAGCACAAUGGUUUGCCAGUAAUUACAAUUGGCUUCAUCACCACCGGUGUGCUGUACUAGUGACGAAUUGGCACGUUCUGUUUACGUGACAACCCCCUUACUAGUUGGCUGUGUCGGGUGGUGGUGGGUUUUAACGACAUUUACGCGAUCUAACUCAAAAACCUCUGGACCAAAAAGUUCUGGACAAAGUGAAAUGCUGGUGAAUGGGGAUGACUCGUGAUGUGUGUUAAGUUUACAUGUUUGAUUUGUCCAUUUCCAGCCCUCCUAACCACAAUUUUAAAAUGCUUCUGAGAAUUGUGAUGCAGAGGUGCUAAAUCAGAAAAAAAAUUGCCAUUUUUACAUGGAAUGGGUGGAUUGCACCCUACAAUAGUUUGGGUUCAAUUUAAUUUUUGGGGGGUUACUUUUUGCUGCAAAUUUUUUUGCAAUCCGAAUAAUUGUAGGUUUCUGGUUGAUAACGUUCAUGAAUGGGGUGUACACGAGGUGGUGUGUGCACAUGUGGAUUGUGUUCUUAUCAACUUCACUUGUGCUCGAUAAAAAUUCGGUUAGAUCAUGUAAAUUUGUCGUCAACAGCACUAGUGUGUUGUGAUGGUAAGCCCACAACUUAGUGCUGUUUGUUGCUACCUGCUUGGCAUAUUGGGGCCUGUUCUGCAAAGCAAUAACCCCCGACAUUCUGUGAGAUAACUAGAACUUCGUUUUGACAGCUUUUCUCACCCAUCCAGACCAGAUUUCGCAGCUAUUCGGCACGACACUGGCUGAGAAAUACCUGUGCCAUCUCGUCAGCUAAAGCUGGCUUUGGUUAAAUCCUGAGUUUGAGCUUUGACAUAGCCACCUCUGAUUAAAUUGGACUUUUGGUAUUGUCCCAUGUCUGGAAUACAGUAUUAGGGAACAUUUCCACCUGUUAUUAAAUUAACAUCUGCACAGAGCAGGUGGAACGAUACAGCACAGGAUGGAUGGAUAGGAGGCAAUUGAAUAUAACUUGGAAGUAUCAACCGGGAUUGGGCAAUACUAUUUAGAGUUAUGGAUGGAAAUUACUUUAAUGACAAAGAAUCUGACAUGUCCAUUGGGCCUGCUUAAGUAUUAAAGGGAGACGUUGAAAAUGUAAGAUACAGCAAUAUUGAGGAAUGUAAAACAAUUCUCCCCCAGGGACAUGUGAUGAAUGUCACUCCAGAGCAGGAGAACAGACUUUUUUCCUGUGCAGUGAAUGUAAAGUUGAAAUGCGCAUUUACAUAAUUCGAUGCUUACAAACGAACUUUUAAUAUAUUUUAAUCUCUUGAUUUUGUAACGUACCUGGUAUUAGCUGCCGCUGACAUUGCUAGAAUGCAACUGGUAAUUUUCUUUGCAUGUGUAAUGGGUUCCUACACAUGUAUAAUGGUAAAUAGGCAUUUACAUCAUGCAGCAUUUAAAUGGGAUUUCGAAGGUGAAAACUUUUUUUGCCAUUGUGAAGAAACAUUUGGAAGUCUUUAAGCACAAUUCAUCGUGACUCACAAUCAUCGCGUGUAUUAAAGGUAUGCCAAUGGCCUUGAUGUCUGAUUUUUUUCCAUAUAUACAUAACUGCUGUACUGAAUCCAAAUUCGGUGCAACCGUUUGAAAUUACGUAUUUGCUCAGAAAAAUAUGAAUGUGCAGUAAGAUUGUAUUCCCUUCAGCUCUGCACUGCUUCGUCCUGUGAUGCCACAAUCUCUUUGCUGCACAUGAGCUAAUCUCUUCGCUCCCAUCUCCACGGUCCUCGCUUUGGGUGCGUUUCCUCUUUGUGGCUGAGGAUCCGUUACUACCAGUCUCUAUCAUCCCUUCUCGCAACGUGCUCUACGCAAGGCCACUUUUGUGUACCCAAGACUUUUGGGGUGCCGCGGUGGCGAUAUGUAAACUACCUCACCUGGUAUGCAGGAGGGCAUGAGUUUGAUCUCAACCCUGACAGGCCUGUAUUUUGGAUUUUUCGCCGGAUCCUCCGGUUUUUGGAAACAUUCAUUUAGAGUAGUUGGCUGCUCUUCAUUUCUGCAUGGGAAGUCACUUGGUUGAACUAUCAUUUGUGGCCAGGUCACUUCCGAAAAAGAACUAUGCACCUCAGUGGGCCUUAGCUGCUGAAAUAAAAUAGUUUACACAACGAGAUCUCGUGUAAGUUGCAUGUGUUCUCUCAUCCAUACGAUGUUCUCUCACGGUGUGUUUAUAAACAUGCAUCUCUUAAUUCGUGUACUUUUUAAGUAAUCUCUUGUUUGCUAGUCCAUGUCUCCGAUCCAAGUCAUGGAAAGGUAAUAUGGACUGGUUGAAAAUAACUUGGUCGCUUUGGUACGUUUUUCACUGUCAUUCAAUUUUACUGAAACUCCAUCUUUGUUUUGAUUUUAGUUUGGCUUGAUUUUUUAUGUAGAUACAAAUAAUGUGUCCAUGUUUAUUCUUUAACAUUUUUAGAACAAUUUCCUUUUUAUUGUUGCUGUUACUAUCCUUGUUGAGAGCAUGUUCCCUUGCCUGACUUUUAAUUUGUAGUAUGCUUCUGCAUGGAUAUCUCCCUGGAGGUGUUUCACAUUCAUAAAUUGUCAUCUAUAUAUUUAGUUUUAUUUAGCAAUUGCUUUGUGAUGGUGUGGAUGACUGCAUCGGUGUCCACUGAAUGGAAUGCUAUUUCAUUCUACAAAAGCCAAGGGUUCCAUUUGGUGUUGACACUUACAUAUUCGGUUUAAAUUAUCCGGGUUUUUUUUUUUUAAACCAGCUCGUUUUCUUAAACCUCCGAUUAGCACGGUUGGCUACGUAUGGCACGGAAGAAGUGCUCCCACAUGUCUCGCUUUUUCGGGAAAAUGGAUCUGGAAUCAUCAGCGUAAACUUGCACUUUAAUUAGGUGGUGGGUCGGCUGGUAGGUGGAAAAAAAUCAUGAUUUCUACGCAAGUUCUGCAACGUCCUGUGACCACAAUCUUCACGGUAAACGAAAAAUAAAAUACAAGAGAAGCCACCGCAUGUUUGAAAAGUUCAACGAUCGUGUGCAUGCUGUUCAAGCGGUAUUUGAUGUUAACAUAUCCAUUAGUGUGCUGCAGUGUAUGUCAGAUAAUGCGUCUGAAGUUUGUAUUCAAUAAAGGUACGCGUUUGCCUAGUGGAUGUUAUUCGACUGCACUUUCCAUUAACAUUUAGAUGUAGUCUUUUGAAGUCCUCGUGGGAUCGGUUCGGCUUGCCAAAAGUGCGUGGAAACACUUUGUCAUGCUUUAAUUCAGAAAGCAGAAAUACGCGUUCGUGAGUCACCAAUUUCUCAGACGUUGCGCAACAGCUUUGCACAAGCAAACGGUGUCGGUCGUAGAAAUUCAAUGCGUUGGGUUUUGAAUGCGACGGAAGUGUGUUUUACUGUGGCUUACGAUUUUCACGUGUAUGCAGUGUACAUUUUACUGCAAUAAAGAUCGUUUUAACACUC